AUGUCCCACACGUCGAACACUGAAAGCAAUGACACUCAGGAUCAUCCUCUCGCCGCAGAGGCUCAACCCUAUGAAGAUGAUUCUGCAAUCGGAGAUGACGAUGAUCUCGACUCCACCGCUUCCUUGACGGCGAGCAUUUACAAUUUCCGCGAAGAAAAUGGGCGGACAUACAAUAGCUACGGCGAUAGAGACCUCCAACAUCAUCUUCUCAAGAUGACCUUUGGCCUUAGUGGAUGCGGCAUCGACAAGAGAGACGGUAUGCGUCGUGUUCUGGACAUUGGCACAGGCACAGGUAUCUGGGCUAUUGAAUAUGGUGAUCUCCAUCCAGAAUCAAUUGUAACAGGCAUUGAUGUUAGUCCAGUAAUGCCAUCAUUUGUUCCCCCAAACGUCCGGUUUGAAGUGGCAGAUGUGGAACGGCCGUGGACCUUUUCAUAUGAGUUCGACUUCAUCUUCAGCCGAAUGAUGACCGGGGCAAUCAGCAAUUGGAAGCAGUUGAUCCAACGGUGUUUCGACAACCUCAGCCCCGGGGGCUUUUUCGAACUCCAGGACAUAUCUUUCAAUCUUCGCUCGGAUGAUGGAACGCUCUCGGAGGACUCGGCGCUGGCAAAAUGGGCGGCAUAUAUGCUGCAUGCCAGCGUCAACGUCGGCUCACCCCUCAAUAGUGUCGAAUCGGUCAAAUCGCUCAUGAUCGAUGCCGGCUUCGUGGAUGUAGUGCAGCAUCGGUACUACUGGCCGCAAAAUUCGUGGCCAGCUGACCCCAAGCUUAAGAAAAUCGGGAUAUGGACAUAUCACGACUUUACUUGCUCUCUCUCGGGUAUCAGCAUGGCCUUAUUUACUCGGGGACUAGGCUGGACUGUUCCCGAGCUGGAGACGUUCCUGAUUGACGUAAGAAAGGACAUGAAGAAUACGUCGAUCCACGCAUAUUGGCCCAUGUUCGCAAUAUCUGGCAAAAAGCCUGAUCAUCCGGCGGCAGAGGCAUAG